CAUGAUUUUGCAGAGAGGAACAAGUGUAAAUCACAAGGAAAAAUCAAAAUUCAAAAAGUGAAAAAAAGAAAGCAAAAAGGAGGAGCGUAAUAAUUGAACAAAAGGGUCACUAAAGAACUCUCUCAUCAUAGUGUUCUUCACGAGAAAAAGCUCAUCCCAGCUUUGUUUUUCUUACUAAUAUCUCUCUUUCUAAGUAUAAUAAUAUAUUGUGUACAUAAUUAUGAGUGUCUGCAUGUAUUGUGAAGAAGAAGAAACUGAGGAAUAAGAAUGAAUAAAGGUAGAAAGCAAAAGGGGAUCUUUUUUUGAAUGUUGGUGUUCCCCAAUGCCUUUUCUUUAUCUUCCUUUUUGAGCAUUAAGCUAUGGCUGACCGUUUCUGCCUCUUCACCAAGGAUACUUUCAUCAUAAAGCCACCAAAGAAAUCUCCACUGCUGCUGAGAAUGGUGGUCUUACUUUUUGCAAUGGUAUGUGGAAUUUAUAUAUGUUCGAUUUGCCUUAAACAAAUUGGUUCGCAUUCCACUGCUCCACUCGCAACUGUUCAUGUUGUUGAAAGGCCAUGUGAGACGGCUAAUGUUGACCCUUCAGAAAAACCUUUCAUGCACUUCCCCAAGCCAAAAACUUUUAGCCGGGCUGAGUGUGCUUGUAAUCCUGUAAGGUUUUUUGCAAUUUUGUCCACUCAGAGGUCUGGUAGUGGAUGGUUUGAAACAUUGUUGAACAGCCAUAUGAAUAUAAGCUCUAACGGGGAGAUUUUUUCUGUUAAAGUCCGGAAAAGUAAUGCAUCAACAAUUUUGGAAACACUGGACAAACUCUAUGACCUAGAAUUUUUGACCAGUGCUUCCAAGAAUGAAUGCACAGCUGCAGUUGGUCUUAAGUGGAUGCUUAAUCAGGGUCUAUUGCUGCAUCAUGAGGAAAUUGUUGAGUACUUCAAAAGGAGAGGAGUUUCCACAAUUUUUCUCUUCAGAAGAAAUCUUUUGCGCAGAAUGGUUUCAAUGCUAGCAAAUUCGUAUGAUCAGAAUGCUAAGCUGUUAAACGGAACCCACAAGUCUCAUGUGCAUUCUCCCAAGGAGGCUGAGAUUCUUGCAAGUUACAAGCCUACAAUAAACACAACCACGCUGAUCCCUAACCUGAAGCAAGUACAGGACAUGGUGGCUAACGCACUGGAGUACUUUAAAAGCACUCGACAUAUAAUCUUGCUCUAUGAGGACAUAAUAAAAAAUCGGACUAUACUGAAUGAUGUGCAAGAUUUCCUGAAGGUUCCAAGAAUGGACCUCCAUAGUCGCCAAGUGAAGAUACACAAGGGCCCAUUGUCUUCGCAAGUUGAAAAUUGGAGUGAUGUUGAAAAGGAACUUAAGGGAACACCUUAUGAAAGCUUCGUACAUGCAGAUUACAAAAUAUAAAUGUGCAGUCCUUGUGUAUAUGUAGCUUAUGUUGUUUAACUUUAAUUCUUUCAUUAUUUAUCUGUAAGCAGAAGCUAGUGGGGGAAUUCAGGUUAAGAUUUGGCUGCAGCAGGUUGUCUUCGAGUACCCCUCGGUUCAGGUAAUCAAUUUUGCGUAUGUUUUUGAUCUUCACGUUAAAUAGGUUUUUGUAGCUGAUUGAGAAUGAAAUUAGCAAUUUUGACCUUGAA